AUGUUUGUGUAUUUUGAGGUCCUCUUCCAUGAGGUGCAGCAGGGUGUGGGCUUCGAAUCGAAGCCUGGCGCAGCUGCGGCGAAGGCGGCCCUGCGUGAGCGUGGGGCCCAGGGCGUCGCCUCACGACUGGGCAAGAUGAGCAAGCUCCGCAAUGCGGCGGGGCACCCGGACGUGCGGCUGCUGCAUGACAUUCGAAGGGUGUUCGUGGAGCCAGCUUUCGAUGAUAACGUGCAGAUGAAGUCGAAGCAGGUCGCCGAGAAGGUGAAUCAGACCGAAGCGCUGAUGCAGUCCAAAGUCGGCAGCGAUCAGCUCUCCGUGAAGUCCUUCGACCCGAAGCUCGAAGGCAAGAGCGUGGAGCCGCAAGCGAUGGACAUGAAGAGCAACACGUCCCAGUGCAAAGGCAUCGAUGGCGGCAAGUUCCAGCAUGACGAGGCCGCAAUCAACGAUAUCUUGCGCAAGGACAUCUCUGAGCUGAAGGCGGAGCUGGCGGCGGAGACGGGGCUCGAAUUUGAGCUUGUGGCCACGAGGGUGGCUCUGGCCUCGGUGACUAUUGGCAGCGGGCAGUUGGCGCAGCAGGUCGUGGAGCUGGCGCCCGGGAAGUCGGAGGCGGAGCAGGAGCAGAUGGACCCCCGUGUGGCGCUCGCCGACGCCAAGCAGAGGCUAGAGGAGGUGAGACACAACGCCGCCGAGGCGUGCCAGAGCGCUCUCGCCCUGGCGCGGGAGGCGGUGGCUGUGGCGGCGCCCCGUGAGUGUCGGCGCCGGGACUGGCGAGGUCGAAGAUGCGCCGCGUGGGUGCAGGGCAGCGGGAGGCAGUGCGCGGGGCUGGUGGCGGCGUGCGUGGUCAG